GUCAGUGGUAAGGCUGCACAACAAAGGGCAAACCGCCUUCGCAUCAACACAGACUUCAGGGUGAAACUUUUCUACGAGCGUCCUCCAGUUUGCUUGUUGUCCAGAAAAGCUGAAAAGACUUGCGCAGCCCACCCAGGGACGACAAAUUGUCAUAGAAAUUAGACAACACUCACAGACUCGUCCUCUGAAGAAAAAAUUACUCGAACUGUUCAUGGCGAGUUCCAAGAAAAACGAACAGUGUUGGCAUGUUGCUAACACUCCGCUGAUCUUCAGAGUGAUGCACAUCGAGUAUAUUGACGAGGAUCAGUAUCUGAUUACGCUGCACCUGACCCACGGUCAAUUCUCCUGGACUAUAAAAAGGCUAUUUAAAUAUCUAAAUGGCUCAUGCAAAAAGCAGCAGAAGUCAGAGCACAUGGCUGAGAAGAUGCCCUCUGACAGUACCAAGAGAAUGGAGGAACUGAAAUACCUGAAAGAAGACCUAACAAUCACUCUGAAGAAGAUCUUACACAAAAGCUACUAUGGCAUGAUGGAGUUCCUUGGCAUCAGCCCUCUGUCCUUUAUCAAAGAUCUUGGACCCAAAGGCCCGGAGGGAUUUAUUUUGAAGGCACUUGGCCGUCACCGAUUGCAUCAUCUCCCAUGUCUGUGGUUGAAAUGCUGGCUUGUGGUCAAGGACUCAUUUCUGCUCUACAUGUCCAGAGAUCAUGAGGUGUUGUACGUGAUGCUUUUCGACCCUGAGCUAAAAGUCCUGCUUGAGGAGGAUAAGAGCUCUGAGCCACAAGAUCUGGUGGGAGAGGACAGGAUCAACCCCAAGCUACAAAUUCUGGUGGAAGAGGAGAGGAUCACCCGUGAACUGCAAGUUUCAGUGGAAGAGCAGAGGAUCAACCCUGAACUGCAAGUUUCGGUGGAAGAGGAGAGGAUCAACCCUGAACUGCAAGUUUUGGUGGAAGAGGAGAGGAUCAACCUUGAACUGCAAGUUUCGGUGGAAGAGGAGAGGAUCAACCCUGAGCUGCAAGUUUUGGAAGAGAACUGUAAAGUCAGCAUGUGCAUCCAGAACGCCAGGAGGGAGAUGACCAUUAAGUGUAAUAGCUACAGGCAGGCCCAAUGGUGGAAAGAGGAGAUAGAUCAUCUGUCUGAACAUUGCGAUUUUCUCAAGACUCACCGAUUUGAUAGCUUCGCCCCUCCCAGACCUGACUCCCUCACCAAAUGGUACGUGAAUGGGAGAGGAUAUUUCUCAGACCUGGCAGACGCACUGGAGAAGGCGGAGGAGGAGAUCUUCAUCACUGAUUGGUGGUUAAAUUCCGAAAUUUUCCUCAAGUGUCCAGCAAAGAAUACGUACUGGCGUCUGGACCACAUCCUCAAUCGCAAAGCCGAGGCAGGUGUGAAGGUGUCUGUACUGUUGUACAAAGAGAUUACAUUUGCCAGGGGCAUUAACAGCAGCUACAGUAAGAGGACCCUGAUGGACCUGCACCCAAAUAUCAAGGUGAUGCGUCAUCCCGACAACGUGGCCCCCGGUGUCUUCCUGUGGUCCCACCAUGAAAAGAUGGUGGCCAUCGACCAAUCGGUAGCCUUCGUGGGCGGGCUGGACCUUGCUUUUGGGAGAUGGGACGACAACAAUUACAGGUUGACUGAUGUCGUGGAAUCGUGCACAGAUAUUCAGGGUGCACGUUCAGAUCCAGAGACUAAAGGGAAGGAUGUACCUGUCGCUGGCAGAGCGGAUGAAGAAAAGGAUUAUAACAACUUCUUUUUCACAAAGGACUGGGAAAAGCUGAACAAUCCUUAUGAAGAUAAUGUGGACCAAACGCACGUGCCUCGCAUCCCGUGGCGCGACGUUGGAGCAGUGGUCUAUGGGAAGGCAGCCAGGGACCUGGCACGCCACUUUAUCCAGCGCUGGAACUUCACUAAGAAAUCUAUGAUGAAGUGUAACGCAACUAUUUACCCGUACCUGCUGCCUAAGAGUCACACUACUGCCGAUAUGCUUCCUUUCACUGAGCCUGAAAUGGCCAAAGCAUCUGUGCAGGUGCUUCGCUCCGUGGGUCAGUGGUCAGCUGGGACAUUCGAAUGUUCUAUACAAAAGGCAUAUGUAGACACCAUCAAGAACAGCCAGCACUACAUUUAUAUAGAGAACCAGUUCUUUAUUAGCGUUGAUGAGACUGCCGGAACCUCUGGUGCUGAUAAGACUCCUAAGAUAAGCAACGGCAUAGCAGACGCUAUUGUCGAUAGGAUCCUGCAUGCACACAAGAAUGGGCAGAAGUACAGAGUGUUUGUGGCAAUUCCUCUCCUGACUGGAUUCGGGGGAGACAUCAGUAAGGGAGUAAGCGACGGCAUGCGUGCAGUACUGCAUUAUACUUACAGUACAAUUAGUUGUGGAAAAAAGUCCGUUAUAAGCCGACUCGAGACAGAGAUGAAGGAUGAAUGGAGGCAGUACUUCUCUCUGUGUAGCAUGCGCACGCACACUGAGCUUAUCUACAUCAACAGCAAAUUGCUGAUCGCCGAUGACCGCCGCUACAUCAUCGGUUCGGCCAACAUUAACAACAGGAGCCUGUUGGGAUAUCGGGACAGUGAGCUGGCCGUGCUGGUGGAGGACGAUCAGAGGGUACCGUCCCUAAUGAACAGAGAAGAGUAUGAAGCUGGGCCUCUCGCGCUUGCUCUGCGGAAGGAGUGCUUCAGGGUCCUGCUGGGGGCCGCAGUAGAUAUUGACGACCCAGUCAGCGAUCAUUUCUUCACCAAGGUGUGGAACAAAAUCGCCUAUUCAAAUACCUCCAUCUAUGAAACGUUGAGUACGAGGCCCAGCAACCAGGCCCAGAGCGAACAGGCCCCAGAGUGAACAGGUCCAGAGCAACCAGCCCGAGAGUGGCCUGGAGACGGCUGUUGAGGAGGGGCUCAACAUCUGCAACAUCCACAACUUCGUCAACUUCCCCCUGGACUUCCUGCACAACGAGAACCUGCUUCCACCAGCCAUCAAUAAUAAAUAAUAAAGUAAGAAUAAUAAAGUAAUAAUAAGAAUAAUAAAAAGAAUUGAAACAUCACCUGACAUUUUAAAAUAGCUGAAUGUAAGGAAGAAUAAGGUGAACUGUUUGUGUAACAUGUGUGUGUCAGAUAGGGAUGUCAUGAUACCAAAAAUCUUGUAGUCGGUACCGAUAGCACGGUGUGAUAUAAACAUAAAAUAUCCAUACAUCCUCCUCUUGUGAGUGAAACAAACACUGUCUGACAAUGAGUGGAGGUGCACUCCUAAACGCGCGCACACACACACCCCUUAUACUCUGAAUGCAAGCAUUAGUUUAAAUUCACUGAUAUGGUGUCAGGCCAGAAAGAUUUAUUAAAAGCAUGAACAUAAUUAUUAGUGACAUUAGGCUACAUUUAGCUGACAGGACACGGACUGAAUGCAGCUGCAUGGUGGCCCAUUAGGAGGUAGGUUCUCGUGACAUCCCUAGUGUCAGAGGGCGAAAGCAGAUGGGCCCUAUGAACAGACAUUUCUGGGGACACAUCAUCUUCUUGUUCACUUUCCAGGGUCCUGGGUAGCUUGAGUACACUUAGAUGCAGUUGGGUACUUGGGAGUCUGUGUACCCCAAGACACUGUAAAGUGUGUUUGAGUAGAUGCAUCUGUUCUUUUCUUCUUCAGAGGAGGCCCAGAGUUCUGCUUGGAAGGACCAGGGUUGAUAUUGUUUGACCUUACAUCUAGUCACAGAAGCGGAAAACGGAUGAAGACUGUUAAGAAUGCAAGCCUGACCAUAAAAGCACUUAGAAUAAACAUGAGACAAUGGAUAAUGUGGAAAAAUCACUCACCCAUGGUAUAGACACAUAGUAGAAAGAUGUAAAGGUAAUGCAUUCAGUCGUCUGUGGUGGAAAAAGGCCUCAUGGGUAAAUAAAGAGUAAGCAAAAUGGUAGAGAACAUAUAGGCACCUGUGACGACAGGCCGGCGGCCAGCACACAAAAGAGGGAAAAACGCUCCUACAUUAUGGUGAUGAUUCUGUUCUCUGGAGUACGGUGGUUCAUCUAUUAAUGAAGGAAUGUGGAUAUAUCAAAUCAAAUGAUAAAUUUAAGUGUCUAAAUCCUCCUGCUGCCUCUUUUCAUAGUCGUCUCUUUUACCCAAAACUAGUGUUGAGUUACACACUAAACAUACAACAAGAAUCAUUAAUCACUUACAUGCUGGACGUCCUCCCUCUAUACUGUUUCUUCUCCUGAUUGGUGCUGCUGAGUCCUAAGUCGCGCCACUCACUAGGAAACAUCAGAACCAGUCAGAAUGAGAGAGACAUUCUUCAGAAGGUAUAGUUAGACAGAUGAUAUCAUUAAAGUUAUGUUUUAUACACUAUAACCACUUUCACUGUUUAAAUGACACUUCCUUACGAUAUCUGAAGAGUUGCAGCAUUAAGUAUCAUUAAAGUAUAUUUAAUGUAUUUACAUAUGAGUUAUUAAGUGUAGAUUUACUAUCUGGAAGUACUGAUCUUCUCAGAAGAUUUUAACUGCUUAUUUAAUAAGUUACUCACUUUCUGGAGGUAACCACUCCUUGCUGUUUCUUCUUCUGAUGGUCGCUGAUGAUUCUGGAUCUGUCUGUUCCUGCAGCUGCUUUGUUUUCUCCUCUAGAAGUCUCUUUCCAUUACCUGUGUCUCUCUCUCAGUUAGAAGACUCUCUUUCUCUUCAAGAUGUUUGUUUCUCCAGUUUAUUUGUACUGGUUUCCAGCUCUUUACCUGUGUUCUUCAGCUGUUUUUCUUUCUCACUCAGUUCACAGUUCUGAGAUUUUCUCCUUAAUCUGUUCAGUGGCAUUUUGAAGUUUUUCAUUUGUGUCCAUUAACGCUACAUCUCUCUCAGAAAGAGUCUUCGUAUUAGUCUCUUGCGUUAUUUUAGAACUGUCAGCUGUUCAUUUUUCUCCUUUCUUUUUCCUUCCCCACAAGUUUUCUCUCCUUUUCCUCCACUUGUAUUCGUGCCUCCUGUAUCUGUGUCUUUCAGUUUCAGUUGUUGAUCUCUCUCCUGUAGAGCUUUCUCUCUCCUGUAGCUCUUCAGUCGACUUCUCUAGUUUUGUAUUUGUAUCUUUGAGUAGUGUGUCUUACUCCUCCAUGAUUUUCUCUCUGUUUCUCAGUUCUGUGUCUUUAUUCUCUAUUUGUCUUUUACGCUCCUCUAGCUGUUGCUCUUUGUUCCAGUGAUUUAGACAGUUCCAGCUAAGUGUUUUUUAGCUCUUCAGUUUUUUCCAGUUUUCGGAUGUUUGUUUUAAAUGAAUUCACGAUGAUGAUUCACGAUGAAUCAUUUUUUCAUCUAUUUUAUAUUCUGAAGUAAUUAAAAGUGAUUGUUAUUUGUGAAUAAUGUGUGGAGAAAGAAUGCUAUCUUCAGAAAAAAUAUAGUAAAAAAAAUCUAUAUAAUAUAAUUAAAGAAUGAGCUUUUUUCCGGUCUCUUUACUACUAUAGAGCAGAUUUGCCUGAAUUUAUUAACAAAAAUAAUGAAUUUGUUGGAGUCUCAAUUAUUUCUUGAUUUUCCUGCUGUGUGAUUUCCACCCCUGAAAUAUUCUGAUUAUUUAUUGUAAUAACAAUAACCUUGAAAUUCAUGUUUUCUACACACAAUUACACACAAAAACAAUGGCAUGCAGUGUGAAUUCUAUACACCUCGAUAAAAUUUCUGUACGUUGUGUAAAUAAUAUCUUUAAUAGAGACUGUGACACGUUGUGAAUUUCAGACUACAUGCUGACUGGAGAUCUCGUUAUUGAACACUUCACUGUGCAACAAAUGAACAGGUGUGUUUACUUUUGUAGCUCCUUCCAUACUCAUCAGUCAGUAGAGCAGAUGUCUCCAUUUCCACUCGCUCAUCUUCUGUCCAUUCUCUAUCUCUGUGGAAGGGAAUAAAACAGCGUGAAGGUUUUCCACAUGACUCCAUACUGUAAAUAAAGUGUUAAAUAAACAUGAAGUGUUUCUCUGUUCAGAUCA